AUGAUCAUCCUGACCUGGAUGUACAAUUAUCUGGGCGGUGCAGAUGAGGAUUGCAUUCUUAGAAAUGUCAUCAGUGCUGCAGGCUUCAUCUGCCAUGGGUCUGGCUCGAAAGCUAUUGCCGCUGGAUACGGCGAAUGGCAGCUGAACACAAAUGAUACUGAGGGCGAUACUGCCCGCAGUAGACGUACUUUCCCGAUCAUUUAUGGUGAUCAAGUCGCGCGCUUCUCAGUUGCGGUGGGAUCUGUUAUUUGUCCGCGAAUUUGGUGUCUCGAAUCUUUUGGAUACCUUAUUCUCCUCGUUCCUGGUGCUUUGAUUGCCUACCGAACGCCCAAUCUCCGCUCUAUGUCUGUAGACGAGUUGAGCUAUAAGUUUUGGUGCGUUUGGCUGAUCAUCAUCCACAUGCUUCUCAUGUAUUAG